CUCGAACUUCUCUCCACCAAAUCCAUCCCCAACUCCUCUCAUUCUCUUCCUACUCUCUCUCUCUCUCUCUCUCUCUCUCUCUCGUUCCGUCUGCCAUUUCUAAGCUAAUAAGCCUGAUCCUCCAAUUCAAACGAUACACAUACAUAUCCAAUACAUGCAUACAUAUUCUCCAUUGAUACAUCUCUGUUAACAGGACAGGCGCAUCCAUCUCACCAACCAACCAACGAACCAACCAACCAACCAACAAGCCAACAAUACGUUUUCUUUUCUUAAACGACUGAACUCAUGAUGGAACCCACAGCUCCGCGUUCGACCCACCAUCGGGGAAGGCCUAAGAGGAAGAGGGGCACCCUAGCCCGGGAACGCAACCGGCGCAAGCACACCGGCGGCAAGAUGAUUAUCGCCGUCAAGGAGUCCACGAUGGUGCGCCCGGCGUCCGAGACGCCGUCCUACGCCCUCUGGAACUCCAACGUUGACCUUGUGGUCCCCAGCAUGCACACCCCCAGCGUCUACUUCUACCGCCCCACUGGCGCCUCUGACUUCUUCGACCCCACCGUCCUCAAGUCCGCCCUCAGCAGGGCCCUCGUCCCCUUCUACCCAAUGGCCGGUCGCUUGAAGCGGGACGAGGACGGCCGCAUCGAGAUCGACUGUAAUGGCGAGGGCGUGCUCUUCGUGGUGGCUGAGACGACUUCGAAGGUGGACGAUUUCGGGGACUUCGCGCCCACCCUUGAGCUCAGGAAGCUCAUCCCUGCCGUUGAUUACUCCGCCGGGAUCACGUCCUAUCCCGUGCUAGUGCUUCAGGUGACAUACUUCAAGUGUGGCGGAGCCUCACUUGGUGUUGGGAUGCAGCAUCACGUUGCGGAUGGAUUCUCGGGCCUCCACUUUGUGAACUCAUGGUCAGACAUUGCCCGAGGCCUUGACGUCUCAGUUCCGCCCUUCAUAGACCGCACGCUCUUGCGGGCAAGGGACCCACCGCAGCCACAGUUUGAGCACAUCGAGUACCAGCCCCCGCCUGCCCUGAAAGCUCCUCCAUCUCAGGCUGCUCACAAGCCUGGGACUGAGCCCACAACGGUGUCCAUCUUCAGAAUGACCAAGGAGCAGCUGGGGACCCUCAAGGGGAAGUCACAGGAUGGGAACACCGUGCAAUAUAGCUCGUACGAGAUGCUAGCAGGCCACGUGUGGAGAUGCGCGUGCAAGGCACGUGGGCUCCCUGAUGAUCAGGAGACCAAGCUCUACAUAGCAACAGAUGGACGAGCACGAUUGCAUCCCCCACUGCCGCCCGGCUACUUUGGAAACGUGAUAUUUACUGCCACUCCGCUUGCCGUAGCGGGCGAUCUGCAGUCGAAGCCCACCUGGUAUGCUGCCAGUAGGAUCCACGAUGCUCUGGUCCGGAUGGACAAUGACUACUUGAGGUCAGCCCUAGACUACCUCGAGCUUCAGCCCGACCUGUCGGCCCUUGUCCGCGGGGCCCACACCUUCAGGUGCCCAAACCUUGGGAUCACCAGCUGGGUGAGACUGCCCAUCCAUGAUGCAGAUUUCGGGUGGGGAAGGCCCAUAUUCAUGGGGCCUGGAGGUAUUGCCUACGAGGGGCUUGCUUUUGUGCUGCCGAGUCCAGACAACGACAGGAGCUUGUCGGUGGCAAUCUCUCUGCAGACGGAGCACAUGAAAGUUUUCGAGAAGCUGUUAUAUGAGAUUUGAAGUGCCAGGCUCAAAGAUCAUGGCCGCCUAUCAGUUCCAUGGCUCUGCAUCCCAUCUUUCUUUCUUUUAAAUCUUCCCCCUGGUUUUAUUUUUUAUACUCGGAAAGGACCUCGACAAUGGAACAGAUUAAUGUAAGUUGACAUUUGUGAAUUCCUGAGCAGGUGUUGGCAGUGCA